CUCCAACAGAUUGGGAAACAGAAUGCCGUUUGAUGCAGCCGCUGAACCUGACCAUGCCCACGGGUCAUUAAAGUCUGAAUCAGACAUUUUGCAGAACACACUACCUGAAAAUGAGAAAUUCUAUUUUGAUCUGUCAAGAAUUAUUGAUAGAAAUGCAAGGCAUGCUGAUGGAAUUUUCACCAGUGUCUACAGCCAUCUUUUGGCUAAACUUGCUGUGAAGAGAUAUCUGCAUUCGCUUAUUAGAAAACGAGUUAGCUCCCAGGACAGUCCUGUCAAACGCCACUCUGACGCUGUCUUCACUGACAACUACAGCCGCUUUCGAAAGCAAAUGGCUGUGAAGAAAUACUUAAAUUCAGUUUUAACUGGAAAAAGAAGCCAGGAGGAUCUAAACCCCGCUAAACUUCGAGAUGAAGCAGAACUUCUUGAACCUUCCUUUUCAGAAAACUAUGAUUCUGUAGAUGAGCUGCUGAGCCACCUCCCGCUGGACCUCUGAAGGACACCUGGUAAAGUCUAUGACGAGAACAAGCUAUUUUUGAGUUCCACAUAGUAUUUCAAAGAGAUGACUGUAGUCAUCAAACCAGAACAAAUAUGUUGUGAAGUGAAAGUUGUGAUAUAUUUGUUUCUUAUGUAAUAAAAGUUGAUAUUUACAUUGUAAAUAUUACUCUAGAGUUCUCUACUGAAAGCUGUACAUAAGGAUGCCAGUGUAACUCAUGAGAAGUCUGUAAGUCCGUAUGCUGUAAAUCCUUUACUUCAAUAAAUUCAUU